UGAAAUGGUUUUAAAAGAAAGUGAUGACAACUAAAUUGUCACCGACACAAAGAAUUCCGAUCUUUAGAGAAAAAGGAGCCAAAAGUUGCGCCAAGUGUUUGUGCCGUCAGAGAGAGCGCAAGAAAGUGUGACGGAGGUUGUGUGAUGAGAAAGGGAUGAAUGUAAAAAACGUCGUAGUAAUUGUGAUGCCUUUGGAUUAACACUCUCGAUUUUUAUGUGUAGCCAUGCCGUUCAUAUUCCUUCUACUUUUAGAACAUUUCGUGACAACAUGUAGCAGAGGUACAAUGGUAUUAACAUCUAGUUGUUGCACACUAGCGACAGGAUCGUGCAGAGCGACAUGUGAGGAGAUAUCUGUGGUGGAUCUUGCUACAAACAGUGACGAUAGAUGGAGACACAUUACAAAGUUAACAUCAUUCUGCUCGGAACAAUUAGUGCCUUUCUGGUCAUGCAUUAAUGAAACUUUGACAGAAAUAGAUAAAGGUCAGGGGUUUUUUGGCCGCCCUUGCUGCACCCUUCCUCAGUCACAAGCUUGCAUUAUGGUCUGCUUACAGGCUAAGGAUAGAGAAGAAUUGAUGUCGGCAUGCCGUCCAAGUAACGAAAUAACAUUUUAUUCCUGCCUGGAAAAACAAGAAGUGGGACAACAGUGCUGCAACAAAGCGAUUCAGUCAGAGUGUGCCGGUGCCUGUAAAGAGCUUUUCUCCAGUACUACAGAGCCAUCAGUACAGCUAAGAACAUAUGUCACCAAUACUUGCCUUCAUGACAAUCCCGACGUCACAAAAUGUGUCAAAAAUUAUACUCUCAUCACCCCUGCUGAAAACCCAUCAAGAAAUCUCCACUGCUGUGAUAAAUCGUCAAGUGCUGAGUGCCGUCUUUCUUGCCGAAAUAUUCUGAGGACUCAAACGAUUGGUCAAGAAAUAGUAGAUAAUCUAAUUGAUGGAGGAUGUGGGGAACCUCUACCCCAUGUAUGUGUUUCUUUUGUUUUAUUUAUUUUAUGUUUCCUUUGUCGAGAAAAAAUAAUGUUUCGUCAAGCUUAUCAUAAACAAAAAAGAAAAAUACAACUCGAUACACGAGUCUCAAAUCAUUUUAUAGAAGUUGAAAACAGCAAAAGAAUUUACUUUAAAAUAGUUUUGGUGAUCUUAGCGAAUGAAUUGUUUCGCAUUAUCGUUUGGAGUUCCGUUUGUCAAAUAAAGCACUUCAGUCGGAUACGGUUGUUCUCCUCAAAAUAUUUUUUUUUUUAGAGAAUAAAUAGAAUUUUGAAUAAAUAGGAACAGUAUAACAUACACCUGAAAAUCUACCGAUGUUUUCCUCUCCUUGUUAGCCAUUUUCUUUUGCUCUGUUAGUGAUCGUCUGAAGUUGAGAGGAAUUUCUGCGGUACAGCGAAAUGAUUCGAAAAAUAAUUCUUAAAUUGUUCCGGUAUAUGGAGAGAUAUGGCGAGAAGGGACUAUAAAAAGGUUAUAGUUAUAAAAAGUUCACGUUUUUAAAACGGACAUGAAAGUAAAAUAAGAAAAGGGAAAAGGAGAAGUUGGAGCAAUGUUAAAUAAAUUUUCAAAAAAAAAAAUUCCAUUUCUUUGAAACACAAUGUUUUGCAUAGGUUCUCGUUCGACUUAACCUUAAAUUUCCGGUGAUUCGCAGUUGGCCAAAUUAUUAGAAUAAAUUUGCUCUCGCAUUC